AUGUCGCUACAACCACCCCCCACGAACAUCACUCCCACACCCUCACCCCGACGACCCCAAGCCGGAGCGCUCUCUGCCCAUGUCCGCUCGCCAACAGUCGACAUCGCCUCGUUCUGGGUUGACCAGCCAGAUCACGACCAGCAAUCGCCCACCGCCAGGCACCAACUCACGCGGCUUCUCUGCCGUCGCGCUCGCGGUGGAGAGAACGCCAACAGGAGCGGCAUCAUGGCAGAGGCCCGCCUUGGCCUUGCGCCAUCCUCGCGACUCGACGACACGCACACAAACAAGAUCCAGAUACAGCAGCCCGAUCAGAUUCAAGACCACCUACGUCGCACCAUUGAGUACAGUGUCCGCCCGACGCGCGCCGAGCACGUCUCCGUCACCUUUGACAUUCGCAACACAGUCCAGUUCACUCUAGUCAGUGCCGACAACAACACACCAGCACCGCCCGCUAAUGCCAAUGUCGACCCGGCACUGGACGGGGCGCCGCCGCCUGUCCCGGCAAUCGCACCCACGGCAGCCAGGACGGUGCGCGUCAACGACGCGCUCGCCAACCAGCCCCAAGACGACCCCUCGCUGCAGCGGUCCGUGGCCAGCCACAUCGUCGAGCUUCUGGGCGCCGUCGACGGCGCAACCUGGGCCGUACGCGACAUUUCACGCGGGCCCCAAGGAUGGACCGUCACGUAUGCCUGCAAACACUCGCUCGCAGCCUGGCUGAGGCAGCACCAGAAGAACCCGGACAAGGGCCUCAUUGGCGACUACAGCCAGAAGGAUCCCGAGAUGGCCAUAUUCGCACGCCCGGCGUUCGACUGCCGCGGCUCCCUGACCGUGGCCUUCUCCAAGAGCGCCCGCGCCAUCUCCGUCAAGUACGAGCACACGCCCUUCCACAAGACGGUUAAAGAGAUGGCCGAAUACUUCCGACCGCCGCCGCCGCCGAUGCCCACGACCGCCGCCACCGCCGAGACGACCGAGACGACGAAGAAGACGCCCAGGAGGUCAAAGGCCGCAGCCGGGAACGGCCAUGAUAACGAAGGCGAAGGAGGGGCAGCCGGCCAAACGAAGAAGACGCCCCGAAAGCGCAAAUCAGAUGCCGACGGCGCGACGUCGACGAAGCGGAAGCGCAAGAGCAAGUCAGACGCCGGCCAGAACGCCGCCACUACUGCGGUUAUGGUCCCUGCGGCGCUCGACGGAGCUGAUGGAGACACACAAGCCCAGACGAGGGCCGACGAGGUGGUUCAGAGCAGCGUGCACUCGCACGCGCUUCUCAACGUGCCGCCGGCCGAGGCGACCAGACGCCGCGAGACGGCCAUCCGGCUGCUGUCCGAGGGCGGGGUCGAGCCUGAGACGUUGUCGACUGACCAGUUUAGCAUCUUUGCGAACCAGUCGCCGGACCUGCAGAAGGAGUCGCUCAUCAUGCUCGCGAAGUACGGCGCCGAGCGUCUUCGCAUCGUCCACCCCAAGGACCAGGCUGCUUCCGAGACGCCCAGUGGUGGCGAGAGCUCAACUGAGCAGACCCCGCAGCCAGCGAACGGCGAAGCCGCUGUCGAGCCCGGUGCGAGCAGCGUCGAGCCGACCGUAGCUGUCGGCAAUGCUGAAGGCGGCAAAAAGGCGGCGAAGCCCAAGCUCACGCGAGGGGCUUGCACGCCGUGCCGCUCCAGCCGCAUCAAGUGCGACCGUAAAAAACCGUCAUGUGACGCUUGCAUCGCCGCCGACAUCAGCUGCGAAUACCCCCUCCAGCAGACUCGCGUUCCCAAGGGCGAGAGCAGCGGCAAGCCUGCCAAGCCAAGAAAGUCUCCUGUACGAGUCGAACCAGACACAGAGCCUGAGGAGGUCGAAGAUCCAGAGCCCGACGACAUCGAGACCAUUGACUACACUUCGAACAUGCCCGUGGCCAGCAUGGUCACGCCAGCAGCAGACUUGAGCACACAAGAUUACUUCAACACGGGCUCCGGGGGCCUAUCGUUCCCCCAGACGAACCACCCCGACGUGCCGGUCAUCAACCCUUCCAGCAUGACAUACCCAGCACCGCCGCCAGCUGCCGAGGAAACAUACUCUGAAGUACAAGCUGCCGUCGUGUCGCCGCCGAAGCCGCGGCAGACAAACGGUCGCCGCAGCCUGCCUUCAGGUCCCACCCAAGCGGCGCCGGACGCCGAACAGACGCAAGCUCAGGUCAACUACGCAAGCAGCUGGCAGCAAGGCGCAUCCGAUGACACCGCCCUGAGCGCCAGCACGCGGUCGCCGACUCUCGCCAAGCAAGCAGCGAGGCAGUUUCAGCAGCACCAGCAACACCAACAACCCUCGCCGACUGUUCAGCCCGCACAAACCGUUACCCCGUCCCAGACAUCUCCCUUCCAGGUGCCUGCGCAGACUGCUAGAGCCAAGUCGCGGACCGGACAAAGGAGCCAGACCCCACAUGGCGCCCAGCGCACGUCGACGCCGUCGCACCACACGGUGCAGCAGACCCGAUCGCCGGCAGCCCCGCCCCCGACCGUCGCCGCACCGAACUACAGCGCCGCGGCCGACCUGACGGCCCUGUCACAGCGAGAACCCGCUUCUCAGCAAGCAGCCACUUCCGACUACACUGCGACGGCGGCGGCGGCCGACCAGACUUGGCCGGACACCCAGGGUCGCACCAGCCAAACCUACAGCACCGGCACUUCGAGCGCCGCGACCUCAACCCAGCACCAACACCAUCAGUCUACGUCUCUGCAGCAGUUUGACAUGCGCUCCAAGGGUCCAGGACAUCAGCAGACUCGGUCCCAGCAGCAGCAGCAGCAGCAGCCAUAUGGGAGCUACACCCCUCAGCAGCAGCAGCAGCAGCAGCAGGCGCCUACAUCGUCCCGACAGCAACAGGGUCACGAGCAGACGCAGUCCGCCGCUCAGCAGCAGAGUUCAUGGUAUGGCAGCUUCGGGUCCGGCUCUUCCUCCUUUGUAUCCGCCAACGCGACACCCGGGUACGGUACCCGCAGCAGCAGUUCUGCGGGUUACGGGAGCGGCACCACGAGCACGGCGUCGUACGGCCAGCAGCAACACCCUCAGCAGCAGCAGCAGCAUCGACGGCAACAACACCAUGGCUUGUCUAGCAUGGCAGCCCACGGCUACGGUGGAGCGGAGGGUGAUAUUUUUGAUCUUCUCAAGGCGGGCAUGAAUUCGCGGUAG